AUGAGUCAGACGAUGAGCAAUUGUGAUAGCUCACAGGGAGGAGACAGUGUCAAUCAAAAACCUCUGCUGAUUACAGAUUCUGAGAAGACUACUGAUUUGACUCCAUCUUCGAAGCGUAAGGAGAUGGAAGUGAAAACUGAUGAUGAGAAAACAGAGGAAGGUAAAAACGCAGAGUUGACUCCAUCUUCAAAGACUAUAGAGAUUGAAGUGAAAUCUGAUGACGAGAAAGCAGAGGAAUGUAAAAUUCCAAGAGAUGCACCAGAUCAAAACUCAGCAUCGAAGAGAAUUUGUCUUGCCUCCAUCAAGACAGAGAAGACGAAGUAG